AUGGCUACCAGUACGGUGACUCUUGACAGGGCCUAUUUUGAGACUUUGAUGAGAAGAGCCCAGUUUCAUACAUCUGGUGUUGACUUUACCACUCCUGUUCAUGUGCCAACGGUCACCAUACCAAAGAUUGAUCACGAUAACCUCUUGGCUUCGGCGCGUGAAUAUGCUAAUCUUCGACAAAAUCUUUACCGAGGUGGCAUUGCAGAAGAGACUCUUGCUAUCCUAAUCAAAGACGAUGCUCCUGCAAAUGAAGAGGGAACCUCUGCCAUCCUCUCCACGGUCGAGGAUACUAUGACUGAGAAUGAUACUAUCCUAGCACAGACACAUCAAUCUGUUCCAUCAAUUCAAGGCGGUGGAUAUGACUACACAUACGGAAGAAAUGCGAAUUACACGCCUCGAGAUCUUCGACCACGAAACAACAAUGCCUUUCAAAACCCCCCACAUAUCAAUGAUGACUUCACAUAUAUGCCAGAUGGUCCUUCGGAUGGGCUUGGUGACGGAGCAAAUGGAAACAACGAACUUCAAACGAAGUUUACCCGUCAGCAGUAUGAUGUAUUCGCCAAGCGGACUAUCCUACUUGCCAAUCUUCCUGAUGCUGUUACUCACACCGACAUCGUAGACGUCGUCAGAGGAGGUAUGCUACUGGAUAUAUAUCUUCGCACAAAUGAUCGAACUGCCAGUGUCUCGUUCUUGGAAGAAGCCCAUGCCCAGGAGUUCUUCCGCCACGUCAAGCGUCAUGAUCUCUAUAUUCGGGGAAAGAGGGUUGAGAUCCGCUGGAGCGAUCGUCAGUUCAUUCUGCCAGGUCAUGUCGCGAAUAAGAUAGCCAUGGGAGCCACCAGGAAUUUGGUCAUCCUCAACCGCAACCCUAAACUUACCGAGGACGCCAUCCGGGAAGAUUUGGAUCAUAUCCACAAUCUGGUAGUGAUAAGGGUUAAAUUCAAGGGCCAGAAUACCCACAUCUCUACAAACUCUGUUCACAAUGCAAUGUUUGCUCGUACCUGCAUGAUGAGCCGCGCUACCUACAAAGGAUCCAAAAUUUGCUGGGACGAGGAUGAAUGUGCUACACCCGUAAAAACACCACAAAAGGCUCGCAAGGAAAGCGCACCACUAAAGAAGAAGAGCGAUGCCCAUCUAGUAAACCGCUUUCAACUUCUCGACAUGGACGGAACAGACGAUGGCUCCCAGGAGGCCGAAGACCACAGUAACAGUGGAAUUACUUUUGAGAACGAUAUAUCUGCCUCCACCGUUGGUAUUGGUAUUAUCUCAUGAUUCGUCUGUUUUCUUCUGACUCGUAGGGUCGUCAUAUUAUGAUUUGGUCACGGCUUGAUUCGUCUGUGUCGUCUGUCAGAUGCAAACAAGGCUUGUUAUUCUGCUUAUUCCUUCUCUUAUUAGCGUCUAGUCUCAAGGAACUUGGCGUUGACUGGCGUUUCCGUCGUCGGAUGGUGGUGUUGAUGAUCAGUACUCCACAUCUACCUGUCACUGGUUUUUGAUACCCAUGAUUGCGUUUUCUGCCUCUGUAAUCAUUGUAGAUGCUUUACACUGUAAAUUCUAGGGGUAGUUGGAGGGUCAUUACAUGGUGAAUCAUGUUGGUAGCAGGC